AUGACGUUUUCGAGGAGAGUUCAUGGUGAUGAUUACUAUGCACUUGCAAUAGCGAUCGAUGAUGUGGGAAAGAAGGCUAUCUGUCCGAUCGUGCGAGUUGCUGGUGUCUGUCACGUGAAGAGAAGCCAAGCCAGGUGUUUGUUGCAGAUCCAGCAUACUGAUGCAAAUAUCUACGCGGGGCCAGCCAUGAAAGCAGGAGGGGAGAAAAGAAGGGCUGGGACACUGCCGGCUCUUCGUGUUGGCAGUCGAUGUUGGAAGCUGUCGAGCAAGUUGCGACUUAAAGUUCUAGGAUUCUUCUGA